AUGGAAGGGCAGGAUGAACAAGAUCCAGCUACUAGUAUUCGGAUGGACCCGUUACUGCAUGAUCGAGACCCAUGGAUGGAAGUCAACCAACUGUUUGACUCUCCUUCAAUGAACGCAGGAAAACAUUCAGCGAUGGAGAGGGUUGAAGUAGAUGACAGUGUAUCUCAAGUAUCAAGCAAAUCAACAUCACAUUCCAGGAAAUUUUUGAUGGAAACAGCCAUGAAGAGAGCAGAAUUGCAAGCAAAGUUGAAGAGUUUAAAAAGGAAACAGGAGCUCGAGAAAGAAGAGCAGGACUUAAUAAGAAGAAAGGAGCAACUUGCUGUUGAGACCGAAUUAGCUGCAGCUACAGCCCAAGCAGCAGCAUUACAGCAGUUCGACGAUACGGUAGCUUUUCACCAGCCACCUGCAUUACCAACCUUUGCUCAUGUAACACAUGAAAGUGAUAGGAACCAAACAAGUCACAAAGUCAAGAAUGCAGAUUGCUCAGAAGAGAGUUCAACGCAAGGACGCAAGAACCGAGAACAUUUGCAAGAUGUACGAGUAAGUGGAACAAAUUCUGAUAGUGAUGUUGAUUGGGUAGAGCUGCAGCGACAACAAACCCAACUUACGUAUAUGCUCUUAGAAUGUCAUAUGAAGUCCGCCUUACCGCAAAGGAACAUUCAGCCUUUCGACGGGAAUCCCCUGAACUACCACGCCUUUAAGAGGGCUUUUCAGCAUGUAAUAGAGUCCAAGACAUCGGAGGACUCUGACAAACUAUAUUAUUUGGAACAAUAUACUAGGGGAAAGGCGAAUGAGAUGGUCAGAAGCUGCAUGUAUGGAGGUGAUUCCAAGGCAGCAUUCAACAAGGCAACAAUGCUGCUAGAAAGCAAGUUUGGCGAUAAGCAUCAUGUUCUGGACUCUAUGAUCAUCAAGGCAAUGGCAUGGCCAAACAUUAGAGGUGAGGAUCCGGAGGCCUGCUUAGUUAUUCAUUGUUUGUGA